CGGCGCAGCUGGGGGCUGCAAAUUUCUGAGCAUGCGCAUUGCCGCAAGAACGCGACAACGUAGCGAGACUCGGCUGCAGUGAAACGUGAAAGGAGAAAAAGCUGCUGAAACGAGACCACAUCUGCUCAUUUACAGCCGCGGCUGCCGAAAAUGGCGAGAUAUCUCAGACCUCCUAAUACAUCCCUUUUUGUUAGGAACAUCGCCGACGAAUCCAGGCCAGAGGAUUUGCGACGUGAGUUUGGUCGUUAUGGGCCUAUUGUAGAUGUCUACAUCCCACUUGACUUCUAUACACGACGACCAAGAGGAUUUGCUUACAUUCAAUAUCCUUUAUUAUUUUUUUAUUUGGAAAUGUUUUGGAAAGGAAGACUUCAUCAAAUGGCUGUAAAAUGUUGAUUCUAACCUUUCACAUCACACAGGAAUGUUUAUUUCAUAUUUAUUAGAUAUUUAUCUGACAUCCCAAGCAUUAUAUCUAUUCCUAACUAAUAUUUUUCCUGUUGUUGCCUUAGAGUGAUAAAGAUACAGUUCUGGAGGCCCCACACCAAAGAAAAUUGAAAGGCGAUAUUAGAAUAGAUUCAACCAAAGACACCCAGGCGACAAGCAAUAGUGGAAUUUGGGGGGAAAAAAAGAAUGAAAGCAUGAAGAUGCAAAGGGAACAGAAAAGCGAACACCAGACUUCCAAAGAUGGAAAAGCAAAGUGUUUAUUGGGCAAAGACAAGCAGGAAACCACAAGUUCUUCUGCCAAGACAAAAAAGAUCAAGCUCAAGUCAAGCAUGUUAAAGGUAAAACGGCAAACUUUUGUAUCCUCCAGAAUCUGAUCGCCAUCACUUUGUUUUGUCUCCACAAUCUGAAAUAGCAGAAGCCCCAAGAGAUUCAGCUUUCUUUCAUUAUUGCUUUGUUUUACCAAAUAUCAUUAAUUCUGAUGAAUAAAUUAACCUGAUACCCAAACAAAGCAAAUUUUUAUUGCAUAAAUAUUAAUGAUGCAGUGAUUUUCUUUUUUUUUGUGCUCUGAUCCAGUAGCUGUGAACUAGUUUUUGGAGCUGCAUUUUUUUGUUGUUUGUUGUGCAUGUGUGCAGCCAUGUUUCCCCACAGUCCUAAUUUGAAACUAAAGGGCCUUAACAACUCAGCAUGUUCGAAGAUAUCCGGGAUGCAGAAGACGCCCUUCAUAACCUGGACCGUAAAUGGGUUUGCGGACGCCAAAUUGAGAUCCAGUUUGCCCAAGGAGACCGCAAGACACCGAACCAGAUGAGAUCCAAGGAGCGAAACUCCCCUCGCAGUUUCUCCCGCUACGACGACGACGAGCGGGACGGGCGGCGCCGGCGCUCUCGCAGCCGCAGCUACGAUCGCUGGAGGUCCAGAAGCCCCUCGUAUGAGCGACGCCCCCGCAGAUCAGAAAGCCCCAGAGAAUCUCGGCCCUACAGUCGUCACAGACCGAACAGAGGCUAUGAAAAUGAGAAGUACAAAGGUCCGGUCCGUGACCACCACAGGGCACACCCAGAUCCAGCCUCGCACAGCCGCUCCCCUUCACCACCCAGAUCAAGGCCCAAAGAUAAGAAGAGCCAGUCGAAGUCGCACAGCCCGGCUCAAGACUUCGACCCCGCCCCCAGCUGCCACAAACAGUCUGCGGGGAGGUCUCCCUCACGCUCGUACUCUCGCUCAAUGUCUCGCUCCCGCUCCCGCUCCAGAUCCUGGGCCGGACGCAAGUCUGGCGGCCACUAACCGAUGCUGGAAAGCCUUUUGUUUGAAAAUGUUUUGUUCUGCUUUCUACUAACAAGUAUUGUACUCUUUAUUUACCUUCUGAUAACAGAAAAAAAAAUUCCAAAAAGGGAAGUAAGCAGCAGUAUCCAGAUCAAUGUUGAGUGGAGGGAAAAACUAUUUUGUUUUUUUUGUGUGUGUCCACGUUGGGCACUGAGAUAGUGGCAGGUUUGCCAGUCUUGUCUUUUUUUUGUACACAAUUAAAAGUUCACAAUAAUACUCUUUUGGUUCAAUGCAAUAAAGUGAAUUAAAAAAAAAAUCAAUUAACUGGAGGUCCUGACUUACAAGUGUUUAAAUGUCCAGGCCCGGGUACCACAUCUUGUUUCACGGUGUUGUGACGGUAAUGUACAGCAGCAGUAGCUUUCAUGUUUAGUUCAAGAACCAUAUCUCUGGUUUGACUUGAUACUUUCAAUAAAAGUAUUUUUCUAACCAA